GACGUGUUGUGUAUGAAACGCACCAAACCAUCGCAUCCAUGACAACGGUAGCACGGGAAAGUGCGGGUCUGCCUUGACGUACUGACUCACCCAUCGCGCAGUCGUACAAUCGCUGCGGCCGUUGAAACUACGUACAACCUCGUGAGUGGCGCGACGCCCGGCCAAGCAGAGCCUAAGCAUUCUGGUUCCGCACUGCUAAGGAACGUCAUAUUGGGCGUCUCGCUUGAGGUGAUCAGAUGGACGUGCGGGCGUAGGCACCUGACGGAGUGAAUAGGCGUUGAUCGCUUCGCAACGAGAUUGUUCCACAUGUCCACCGCGGCGCCCUUACCGACAUCAAGUAGUGGGUCUUCAAGCGAGCCCAAGAUCACACAUGACUUUGAUGGCGACGUCAAGAUAUUCAACCACACGUACGGUAGUCGCGGCGAGCUUCGAAAUUGCUAAGCACUCUCCAGCAGUCAGUGCAGCGACUCGAGCAGCGGAACGUGCAAGUUGUAAGCCGAACGAUACGCGGUUGCCUUUGCGUAUAUGUGAGACACAGCUGACCCCACUAACUCAUCAAUGUUUCCGAGUCGGCGGACCUGCUGCCAAAGAACAUACCUACUCCGUGACCGUCAAUGACAACUACCUCGAUGUUAAGGCUUUCAAUCAGCGCUUCCUCCCUUCUGCAAGCGAUCUACAAAGCGCGCCGUCUUCGACGAGUAGCAAUGGGCCGGAACGACCUUCUGUCUUGCCGGAGUCUGGAGCUGCUGCAGACGACGAUGACGAUGUGAUCGAGGUGCCCCCACCCAAGCGUGCACGUACGGAAUCGGAAGUUGACCCUAUGACCCUCCACCAUACAACGGACACGAACAGCUUACUACCGGAGACAAUCGCCCUACUCACACACCGAAGCUCGAGCUCUGAGAUGAACUUUCUAAAGCAAUGGCACACCGAGUGGGUGAAACAAGGCGGCUGGCUUUAUGAUGCACUUAACACAGUCGAGAAGACGACUAGAGAGGGCCAGGUCGCCACAUCUAAACAACUAAUAACAUCCCAAGACGUACUCGGAAAGGCUAUGAACGCCGCAAGCGCGACCGCCAUGUCUGAGCUUGCAAACAUCACGAGGCUCAUACCUUGGCUAGAGUCCUGCCGGCAGACAAAUGCUCACAAAAGUCAAGCUCGCGAGGAGAAAUGGCGUACGAAUAGCGCCACUUUCCACGACCAGGCACGGAGAGAACGGGAGGCAGCGGGGAAGAAGCUGCAGUCUGAACUCGAGAAGCAAACAGCCCUUCUUCUCAAGAUUGCUGAGUACAACGGCAUUGACGUUGAUGACGUCGACGUCGAUAAAGACGAGCCCAGGGAAACCCGGGAACUCAGUCUCGGCGCGCAGCUUACCGCAGAGCUGAACAUGGAAGCUAGUCGUGCCGCAAGUGCUCUGCGAGAGAAAGAAGCCAUCAACCUCGAUAAUGUUGGACGAUGA